AUGGCAGACACACAUUCACCGGAACGGCUCUACCAAGCGGACUUCGACAAAGCGGCCAAACACUUCGACGACGGUGAUAUAGAGAAAUGUAUUGAGUUGACGAAAUAUAACAUGACGCACGUCUAUUCGGUGCUUACCCACGCCGUCAAGUAUUUCAUGUCAUCCAGGUGCUCCGAUCUUUCUGCUGGUGCUGACCUGAAAAGGAAUGUCUCUCUCCCCCCUUACUACGUCACCAGAAACUGCAUACUCCUUACUAGCGCUCUCGACGACUGGGACGAAGCCGAUACUUGGAGGCUUAUAGCACAAUCAUCAUACAAGACGUGUUUCUGGGAUGCAAAGAAAAGGGAUGAUGUCCAUGCGCUCGAGAUACUGGAAGGCUUACGCGGCGAGCUGGACGAGUUGAAGAAGUACAAAGAAGAAGAUCUCGAUGCAUUAUAUGCCGCGAUGAAUGACAACGACGACGACAUAGACGACGAAGAAGAAGAUGAUGAUGAAUACGAAGAAAAGGAUGAGAGUGCAGUGGCGGUUGCCGAAAACCAGGACGAGGUGGCAGCUGAGACAUGUGAACUUCCUAUUCGCUCUAUAGGUAAAUUCUAA